CGAGGCUGAUGAUUCAUGGGCAGCCUUUGAAGCAAUGACCCGUGAUGACUGGUCCGUGGAGGCUGAUGAUCCAUGGGCACCCGCCGAAUUGGUGACCGCCAUCACCGAUGAGGCUGAUGAUUCAUGGGCAGCCUUUGAAGCAAUGACCCGUGAUGACUGGUCCGUGGAGGCUGAUGAUCCAUGGGCACCCGCCGAAUUGGUGACCGCCAUCACCGAUGAGGCUGGUGUUCCAAUGGCACUCCUUGAAGUGACGACCCGUGAUGACUCGUCUGAUGAAGCUGAUGAUCCAUGGCCAGCCUUUGAAGCAAUGACCCGUGAUGACUCGUCUGAUGAGGGUGAUGUUCCAAUGGCACUCCUUGAAGUGACGACCCGUGAUGACUCGUCUGAUGAAGCUGAUGAUCCAUGGCCAGCCUUUGAAGCAAUGACCCGUAAUGACUCGUCUGAUGAGGGUGAUGUUCCAUUGGCACUCCUUGAAGUGACGACCCGUGAUGACUCGUCUGAUGAAGCUGAUGAUCCAUGGCCAGCCUUUGAAGCAAUGACCCGUAAUGACUCGUCUGAUGAGGGUGAUGUUCCAUUGGCACUCCUUGAAGUGACGACCCGUGAUGACUCGUCUGAUGAAGCUGAUGAUCCAUGGCCAGCCUUUGAAGCAAUGACCCGUAAUGACUCGUCUGAUGAGGGUGAUGUUCCAUUGGCACUCCUUGAAGUGACGACCCGUGAUGACUCGUCUGAUGAAGCUGAUGAUCCAUGGCCAGCCUUUGAAGCAAUGACCCGUGAUGACUCGUCUGAUGAGGGUGAUGUUCCAUUGGCACUCUUUGAAGUGACGACCCGUGAUGACUCGUCUGAUGAGGCUGAUGAUCCAUGGCCAGCCUUUGAAGCAAUGACCCGUAAUGACUCGUCUGAUGAGGGUGAUGUUCCAUUGGCACUCUUUGAAGUGACGACCCGUGAUGACUCGUCUGAUGAGGGUGAUGAUCCAUGGCCAGCCUUUGAAGCAAUGACCCGUGAUGACUCGUCUGAUGAGGGUGAUGAUCCAUUGGCAUCCGCCGAAUCGGUGACCGCCAUCACCGAUGAGGAUGAUGCUGCAUGGGACGCCCUCGAAUUGAUAACCAGUAAUGACUGGUCUGAUGAGGAUGCUGCUGCAUGGGAAGCCCUCGAAUUGAUAACCAGUAAUGACUGGUCUGAUGAGGAUGAUGAUCCAUGGGAUGCCCUCGAAUUGAUAACCAGUAAUGACUGGUCUGAUGAAGAUGAUGAUCCAUGGGAUGCCCUCGAAUUGAUAACCAGUAAUGACUGGUCUGAUGAGGAUGAUGAUCCAUGGGAUGCCCUCGAAUUGAUAACCAGUAAUGACUGGUCUGAUGAGGAUGAUGAUCCAUGGGCAUCCGCCGAAUCGGUGGCCGCCAUCACCGAUGAGGAGGAUGAUCCAUGGGAUGCCCUCGAAUUGAUAACCAGUAAUGACUGGUCUGAUGAGGAUGAUGAUCCAUGGGAAGCUCUCGAAUUGAUAACCAGUAAUGACUGGUCUGAUGAGGAUGAUGAUUCAUGGGAAGCCCUCGAAUUGAUAACCAGUGAUGACUGGUCUGAUGAGGAUGAGGAUCCAUGGGAAGCCCUCGAAUUGAUAACCGGUAAUGACUGGUCUGAUGAGGAUGAUGCCUUCCUGGACGUCACGGCCAUCUGUGCUGUCGUUGUGUACAUUGUCUUGCUUCACUAAGCAGCCUGGUAACACACUCACCAGUGACCCCCGGCGCAGGCGCGAGCCACAUCGUGAGCCACACUCCCGGGGAGCGAGACUCCCUUUAGUGACCGUCGCUCUUAUUUCACCUUCAGGGGAGGAGCUCCAGCUGUAUUUCUUAUCUUAUCAAUGAAAACCUUUACAAUAAAACUAUUAUCCU